AUGCCCUCUGGCUUUCCGACGCCGCCGCACCAGGCGCACGCUCGCCCGCCAAACAAUAGUGGCCCAAAGAAGGACGUAAAGACGACCAAGAUCUUCAUCGGCAGUAUAGCGCCGGGCAUCAGUGACAACGUCUUGCGGGAGCUGCUGAACGCGUGUGGGCAGCUGCAUGAGCUGAAGCGCGUUGAGGGCGCUAACGGGAAACCGCAGGCAUUCGGUUUCGCCAUGUUCGAGAGUCCUGAGGUCGUCCUCCGCUGCAUCAGGUGUUUGCAUGGCGUGGAGCUUCCAGAUAUGACGAGUGAGGGGCGACACAACAAUGUCACGAAGGCACUCGUGGUCAAGGCGGAUCAGAAGACUGCUGAGUUCCUCAAGGAGUUCGAGGACACCCUGGGCCGCUCUGAGGCAGACGAAAGGGCGGACGAGGCUGCGCGCAACACGAUUGGGCAUAUUGUUGCCCGUCUGACCGACCCUAACAGUUCGUUCUCGGAAGCACGCCGUCGCGGCGGCCGGCACUCGCCCAUCGAUGUUCACGUCCCAGCCCACCUUCGCGAUUUGAAGGAAGGAGACUUGCCUGAGACGCAGCGCGUUGCUGUGCUCGAUCAGAUCGCCAUUUUCCGCGAGAACGCGGCUCGACGCGAGCGUGACAAGAAGAGUCUGGAGGAGGAACGCGAACGAUUCAAAUCAAUGCAAGCACGGGGGCAGCCGAUCGGGUAUGGCUACGGCACACGCGCGUUUCCAAAGACCGAAGUGCCCAAGGGCGAGGCCUCGCGAUCCCGUGAAAAGGACCCGCAGGGCUACGAUAAGCCUGUUUCUUUCGUGCGGCCAGAAACAGCCGAGGGCAAGGCCGAGAGCGAGCGGACGGACGAGGACGAGGAGGCCCUGCGGCAGCAGAAGCGGGAACGUGAGCGCGCUUCGACCCUGCGAGAGCGCGAGCAUCGCGUGGAAAAACACGAGAGGCAGCGCAUUGACGCCGUGAUGCGUGAGGAGUCGGUGCGGAGACAGCGUGCCGAGAACGAGACGCGCAACAGGCGACUCGUAUCUGAUGACCUGCAACAUUGGGACGACGACGAGCUUGAGGAGCGGGGCAAGGAGCUCUUCUACGCAGACAGGGCAGAAUGGCGCCGGCAACGUCAGCAGCAGCGUGCGCGCGAAGAGGAGGAUGACAUUGAAGACAGAAGGAUGGAGGACGCUGAGAUCAAGGCGCUUGAGGCUGAGUCCGAGGACUUUCUCAAGCAGCAAGCUGCCGAGAUGGCCGCUAUGGAGGAGAAGCAGCGCAAGAAGGGUCUGCUCACCGAGGAUGCUGCGCCAGUCAAGCUCAACAUCUCUGCGGCCAAGAUCCCAGUCCCGGAGCCUAAGGAGGAGAAGAAGCCUGCGCCUGUCGCUAAGCCGGGGGUCACAUUUGGCGACGAUGAGGAUGAAGAGGCGAGCGCGGCGAAGAAGAAGCGCACCUUUGUGAAGCUCGACUACGACCAGAUCGUUGCCGAGGCAGGCAUUCCGGAUGAGGCGGAGGUCGCCAAAUCCAAGGCGCGUCUGCUCGAAAUUACAAAGCAGCUGCCAACAUCGACGCGCUCCAUUUUCCGCGGCGACGUGGACUGGACAGCCGUGCGCCAGGUGAUGCCGAAGAUUCGGCGGGUGGUCGCCGACGGAAUCAAGGACGCGCUCGGUGAGGUGGACGAAGACCUUGCGGCGUUCGCCAUGGACGGCAUUAGCGAGCAGAAGGGGCCACAGGACCUUGUUGACGACCUAAGUCCAGUUCUGGCAGAUGAGGCCGAGAUAUUCGUCACCAAGCUGUGGAAACAGCUUAUUUUUGAGUCCAAGGCGGCAUCGCAGGCAGUAGACACUGGUAGCAUGACUGUGUGA